CAUAUCGCCACACCUCCUGCACGGUCACAGCAGAACAUUCAGACGGGCAUAUAACAGCUGUGAAGAACUGUCCAGCAGAUACAAGAGAGGAAAAUCUUUAAACGCUCUCCAGUGAUAAAACCAGGCACAAAAUGGCUUCCGAACCUUUAAACCAGGCGCAAGGAAAGGACAACAACUUUAUCAACUUUGCUGACAUAAAGGUGGUGCCCUAUUUCAACACAAAUGACGAUUUGGCAAGGUCAAUCUGUCACAGAUUAAACAGUCAUUUGAAGAAGAAGGAUGUCAAUGAAAAUCAACCUAUUGCAUCUCCGCAGGGUCCAACAUUCCUGGUGUUUCGACCAACUGGUAGAGCAGGAGAUGAAUUUAAGGAGAAUGUAACACCACGUCUGAAAGAAGGUUCCCAAAAGUAUUUGAUCAUUGCGUCCAGUACUAAACCUACAGACACGUUCAGCAUCAGUGACGAUGACGAGAAGAAGAUUGAGGUCCGCCAUCAGACAAGAGUUGUGAUCAAACAAGGAAGACUUGUAGCAUCAUCUGAAAACUAUCACAAUUACAACUCUAAUUCACUGAAGAAGCUGGCUGAAGCCAUAUGUGAAAAGUACAGUAACCAUGUUGAGAUCUGCACACCAAAACAUUGCUGUAUCUUCAAACCAGACGGUUCAAGAUGGAUAUGCAUUGUAGGGAAUAUCAACAUACCAAUUCCCAGCUGCUUCUGCUGCGAGUGCUGCGGGUGCUGCCGUAGCUACUGUCCCUGCUUGAUAGAAGAUUUGAUGAACACAGAAUAGACUGGAACUACAAACCAUUGAUGGCGUUACACCACAAAAAAUACCACUCUUUUUCCUUGAGUAAUUAUAUUGACCAUUGUUUCAUUUUGCUAAUCAGCCAGCAACUUUCAAGGUCUUUUUAUCAGUUCUUCUUCUUAUAAACCACCAACCUCCAUCUGUCCAUCAUUGAAUUUUUAUUAAUAAUAAAUACAUCCACAUCACAACCGCCAUUACAGAGACACAGACAGAUAGUUUUAUUCAGCAUAAGGCCUCCAGCAUGCACAUGUAAUAUAAUAUGUACAAUUGUGUGUUUAUGUUUUAUUUACAAAAUAGACUGAUAACACCAAUGUUCUCACUCUGCAUGAUAGAAAAAACAAUUGUCUGUUGCAGGAUAGUUACUUAAUAUUUACUAAAAAAUAAUAAACUCGUUUUGCAAUUCAGAGUAGGAGUGACAUACAUCAAAAAUGUGCAAUUCGUCUUCAACAGCAACAUAACCUUUUAGCUCCAUGACAUGCAGGAUCUUUCAUUAUAAAAUAUAUGUUCAUAUCUGCCAGUCUCAACAGCAAGCUUGAAACUGCAACAUCUAAAUCUAGAAUAGGAUGUUCUUAAAUGUUGUGGAAGAUCAGCUGUGCUUAAAUACUUUUCAAAAUUUAAAAGUGAUUUAAACUGGCUAUAGUAAAAACACAUGAUUUGCAUGUAAGGAUGCUUGCCAUGACUGAAAGACAUUAUCAUGUUAUCUUUGCUUAAAAAGUGAAAUGAAGGUGGCUUGGUUUCCUAUUUCCUGACUAAUCCAGGCAAAGUCAAAUCCGAAUUUAAACAGAAUAUUUCUUAUGUGUGUUGCCCAUGUAUUACAGCCUACAGUAAUAUUCUGCUCCAAGGCUUAAUUGCCUUUGUCAUAUAUACAAACUGCAAAGACACUCUUCCACAUUCCCCAUGAAUCAUGUUAUUACAAGUUGAUUUACAAACCUUUAAACUAGAUUUAUAAAAUUUAAUAUGUACAGAUUCAAUAGUAUUGCAAUAUGUUUUGCCCCAUAUUUCAAAACCAUAACAUAUAAUAGGUGUUAUCAUACAAUCAAAUGUCUUAAAUAGAUCUGGACAAUUAAAGUUACAAAGUAACCUUUGGUAAUAAUUUACUGAUAAUAUUGCCAUAUUUGCUUAGGAUACAAGAAAGAUCGGGUAUUUAUAUAAUGAUACAGUUUAUAUUGGUGUACCAUCAUAAAACCAUUACUAAAUCUUAGCUUUAUUAAGAUUUACUUUCAUGCCCAAACUUUCUAGUAGUUAUCUUUCUCUGCAUUUGUGAACUGGUGUCAGACAUGGCUAAGACAUCAUCAGCAAACACGAGGGAGCACAAAUCAUUAAUAGACCAGGGAGCAGUGAUAUCUUGACCCCCCUCUUAUUCCAUAACUUGUUUAUAAAUAUAGUAAAUAUUUGUUUACUGAAAACACAUCCUUGACGGGUACCAAUGUUACAGAUAAACCACUCCUUGGAAAAUUCAAUGAAGAGGCAGUAAAAUCUGCCUCUUUUCUUACCAAUGUAUGUUUUACUAUAACCAGUAAUGAACAUAUACUAGUAUUAUCAAAAGUGGAGUAAUGAGCCCUAAAACCAGCUUGUUGUUCAUUAAUAGUAUUAUGAUUCCCACACCAAUUCUUUUGACGGCUGUUCAAAAUAGACGAACAUACUUCACAUGUUGAGUCUUUGAUAGAAAUACCUCUUAGUUGGGUUCAUUUUUACAUCCACUCUUGAAGAGAGGACAUAAAAUAAUACCCUUACCACAACAAGUGGGGAAUCUACCACUAUCAAAAUGUGAUUAAAAACGUGAGUAAGAUCAGGUACAGUCAGGUGCCUAGAAGCUUUUAAAAAUUCAGCUACCACACCAUCUGGUCCUGGUGAUUUGAUAUUUGCAGCAUUUAGUUUAUUAGAUAACACUUCUCGAUCAGUGAUUGGUUGAUUAAGUUCUCCAGUGGAAAGCAAAUCAUCAUUAAUAUCAGGGGGAAGUACAUUGACUGGUACAACAGACAGGAGUAACAUAAAGUGAUCCACCCAUUGCUGACAAGAUACUGACUGUGAAUGCCGCCAGAUAUAUUACACUGUUUAAGUAUUCUUCAGAAUUGUCUAGAGUCCUUACUGGCUGAAACUAAUGUAUUUUUCUGCGCAUCGACAUGGUGUUCCAUAAAGGUUUUCUUAAACAAAUUCCUUGUCUGUCUAAAAUCACUUAUAUCCUGAAUAAAAUCUCGAUGCCCUCUUCAA